AUGUUUGUGCAGAAAAAAAAGCUGGUUGAGCAUGUAUUGGCCAUGCGGGGAAAUAAUGGGAGUGGUAGCGAAGAUGAGGAGGAGGAAGAGGACGAGGGUGACAUUUUACAGCGACGCCGUGAAGAAUGCGAGCGCAAAGCUCGGCGUGGCGAGAUGGAUCCUCGCCUGGAAUUUACUUUCCAGUUGCUGAUCGAUGCCACUCAGUUGCCCAGACAUCAGCUCAUGGAUUACAUAUUCGAAGGGGAUAUGCUCGAUGAAAUCAAUCAGCUAUUUCUGCCCAAUAUGAAAAACAAGCUCUUGUGGUUUUAUCAGGAAGUGGACGAGCCGGAGCCAGCACCUGCAGUCGAUGCCAAUAAGCCAGGUCCAUCACGCACUGGCAUGGCAUCUAGCAGCUCUAAAACGCCUCAAGGGGGAGCGUCUCCCAGCGGGUUGCCGCCACCUAAGCAAAAGAAAUUGUUUCUAACCGAUGGCUGGACCUGUGCGUUUACUGGCAUCUGUAUAUAUAUAUUUCGCGUGAAUACUUCCAAGCAGCUGCCGGAGGAGGGUUUCCAAAAGGACUUGUACUGUGGUGUCAUAGAUGCCAAAAACAUUGGCUUGGUGACCUCCAUAGAGCGCAUUGUGGAGUUUGUGUUUAUGCAAGCAUUGGCAUUUCCCAGCCUAGAAGGCGACGAGGAGGACGUUAGUUGUGGUCUUAUAAAGGGACAGUUGCUACCAGGACUGCGCUCGUUUUGCAGUGCCUUGCGAGUUUGUGAACAAGUCUGCGAUCAUUAUAAUGUGUUUGCCGAUGGCAAUGAUAUGUUUGAUGGCUGUCUGGUCGUCGAUGAGGUCAAGGAUAUGGCCAAGAAUCAAGAGUUUUGCACACAACUGGAGGAGCGUGUCAACAACUGGACCAAGGGCAUCUUGAAAAUUCUUGGGGAGAGCGAGCAGUUACGCAAAGAAAACGAUCACAGUGGUCCACAGGACGAAUUGGAAUAUUGGAAAAAGCGUGGUGCUCAAUUCUCACAACUCUUGGCUCAUCUACAAGACAGAGAGGUGCAGUUUACGCUGCAUUGUCUCUUUCUAGCCGGCUCACGUGUAAUGCGACAGUGGAAGGAAACCGAUCGUAAGAUUACUUUCUGCUAUAACGAGGCACGCGACAACUCAAAGUUCAUACAAGCCAUGGAGACAUGCUGUCACUCAUUAUAUCUGGACGAUCCCGUCAGCAUGAAGGAAUCCAUAUUAAGCCUGCUGCAAACAGUUCGUCUCAUCUACAGUGUCUCACAGUUUUACAACACGUCAGAGAGAACUUCGGCUCUGAUGGUGAAGAUAACAAACCAAAUGAUUGAAACAUGCAAAUCGUACAUCACAUGUCGUUGUAAGGAGACAAUUUGGUCGCAAGAUCGCACGUUAAUACGCACCAAGCUAAGCAACUGCAUUAAACUAAAUCACAUAUACCAUGAAACCUAUUAUACCGUUAGAGAGCAACCAUUUUUGCCCAAUCAAACACCAUUUGGCUUUUCCGAAAACUUUGUGUUUGGGAAGUUUGAUACAUUCUGCGAGCGCCUCUCAAAGAUUAUUAACAUGUUUAAUCUUAUUGACGACUAUAAUCACUUAUUUGAACGUCGUCUGGAGGGAUUACUGCUUGGAGAGGCUUUGGAAGAUGCUUCAAACUCUUUUGAGGAUUCCAAAAAAGAGGUCACAUCCAAAAAGUACGAUUAUCUAGAUCAUCGCAAUGCAGAUUUCAAUGUGGACUUCGAUCGCUUCAUAAGCAAAACAGAUUCGCUUAAGGACACCAUUGCCACACUUAUAGAACGCGACUUUGAUACUGUAUGGGAGACACCACAGUGCAUACGGUUCUUAGUGCGUUUCGAAAAGGUUAGCGAGAAGAUACCGCUCACACGCAUGGAUGAGAAAUACACGCGCAUAUUGCGUUAUGUAGAGAAGGAGGUGGAUCGCAUUUUGAAAACCUUUCGCAAGCAACGCGAUGAUCCUCCGCUGGCGCGCAAUUUUCCACCCAUUGCUGGACGCAUACAUUGGUGUCGUGCUCUGAAAUUGCAUAUAACCGAGCUCAUGGAUGCAGUGCUGGAUCAUGCAGUAUUGAGUUCGUUGCCCUUGGCUAGAGAUUUGGAUGUGCGUUUCAACAAUGUGCAGGGUAUUCUGCAGGAGUAUGAGGAUGAGAUUGUUUCCAUUUGGUUGGACCAGGAUGUUAGUGUGGCGGAUGCUUGUCUGGUGCAACCGUUGCUUUGCCUACAGGGCGAUCGUUUGUUUGUCAAUCUGCAUCCCACUGUUCCAUUACUAAUACGUGAGGCCAAAAUGCUGGCCAAACUGAAUAUCGAGUUGCCUAUAGUGGCGGCGACGCUCAUGAGUCGUCAUCAGUAUUUUAUAACCAUACAGGACUCAUUGAAUAGUCUUAUCAAAAUGUUUCUAUCGACGGUGAAAGCUGUCAAGCUGGAGGUGCGUCCACUAUUCUUGCCACAGCUGGUGCGUCUGACAGCCAUGCUGCGACCAGGUUUGCAUAACAUCAAUUGGACCAACCAGAAUUGGAUACAAUUCUAUGAGCGCUGCAAGCAGGCUAUUGAAACAUUUGAGGUGCUGGUGGCUCGUGUGCACGACAUCUACUCCAAUCGCAUACUCAAUGUGCUCAUGUGGAUGCAGGAUGUCUCCUUGCAGAUACUGCCAGCAGACGAUGAAAUCUGGACAGUUGAUGAAUUUCUAGAGCGCAGUGAGGAAGCUUGCAGAAAAGCAGCUAUUGAGCUAAAUCGUAAGAGCCAAAUGGUGUCCGAGGCUGUGGAGGAAGUUUUGAACUUGGUGGACAAGGCCACAGAAACGUUUAAAGAGAUUGCUGGGGAUGACGUGGUCACCUUGUUUGACGCUACGCCCAAAGGAGACCAAACGGGCACGGCUGGCCACAAGCCGGAGGAUGGUGCUGCAGCUGGAACGUCCAACGCGAAUGCGGGGACAACAGCAACCUCAAGUGGUGGCGGAGGUAGUGGUGGUGGAGGCGGAGGUCAACAGCAGGACUGGAGCAUUCUCUGGUCAUGCUUCGAGAACCCAUUGACGCUGCUCUCCACCUCAGACAGUCUUCCCAAAGGCAUGCAGGAUAUGGUCUGCAAUGCUGUGGUAGAGAUGCGUCGCUAUUAUAGCCGCAAGGUGAUUGAUGUGCUGAUCAAGGUUAUACGGGCGGCGCUGGACACAAUGCGACGUCGGUUCAUUGCUGAGGAGCACGAGACGUGCAGCAAGAAGCCGAUCUUUGCGCUGUACGCGCAGCUGCAGAUACCCAAUGUGGUCAUCAAACCGAGUCUGGACGAGCUGCAGGAUAUAUUGGUGACGGCGGGCAAGAAUAUCACAGGCAUUGCGAAGGGUGUGGCUCAGUGGACUAGCGGCAAGGAUCCGCCGCAAGUUUCGAUGACGGUGCAGCCGCGCGUCGGACGCAACCACACUGAAGCAGCUGGCGGUGCAAAGAAUCGACGUCGCAAGAUCUAUUGCCUGGCUUCAGAGGAGCGACCCCAGAUGCCGCAUAUGCUGAAAAGCUUCUACUCGGCCAUUAUGGACAACAAGGAGGUGGCCAAGGCACUCAAUCAACUCUCCAGCUGCACGAAGAACAUCAAGCCCGAAAUUCAAACGUACAUUAAGCGCUGGAAGCCAUAUCAUUUCCUCUGGAAAAACGAUCGCACAACGCGCCAGCUGAUGGAGUUUGGUCUACAGCAAUUUGAAUCAACGCUACGUUGCUUAGCUGAAUUGGAUGCCAAUCUGCUUGUCGAGCCCGACAUGGAGGUCUUUGGCCAGUGUGUGGCCGUGUACAAUGAAAGGCUCAAGUAUGGUCUGGCGAUUGAGAUUAAAUCAUGCAACCACAAAAUUGGCCAGGCCAUGAAAAAGAAAUACAAGAAGGAAAUGGACUAUGUCUAUGCGGUGAUCAAUGAAAUGGACCGCAAACUUGACCGCCCCAUUCGUGACCUAGACGAUGUCCGCAUGAUAAUGGAGACACUGGGCAAGAUACGUGAACAGGAGGUGGACAUGGAGCUGCGCAUUGAUCCGAUUGAGGAAGCGUUUAAUGUGCUCACGCGCUAUGAAGUGCAAGUGGAGCGUGAACAGUUUGACUUGGUGGAUAACUUGCGUGCCACCUUUCAGAAUUUACUGGCCGGCGCCUUGCAGGCGCAGGUGAAACUGCUUGAAAUGCAGCCGGCAUUUCAGGGCGAUCUACGCACCAAUUUGGAUAACUUUAAGCAGGACAAAAUAUCCUAUGUGUCGGAAUAUCGCACGGCAGGACCUAUGCAGCCGGGCCUAACACCACGCGAAGCCUCAGAUCGUCUGAUACUAUUCCAAAAUCGCUUUGAGGGCAUGUGGCGUCGUCUGCAGACGUAUCAAAGCGGCGAGGAGCUCUUUGGACUACCGCAAACGGAUUAUCCGGAGCUGGGUCAGAUACGCAAGGAGCUAAACUUGCUGCAAAAACUUUAUAAGCUAUACAAUGAUGUUAUUGACCGCGUUAGCAGCUACUAUGAUAUACCCUGGAAUGAGGUGGACAUUGAGGAGAUUAAUAAUGAGCUAAUGGAAUUUCAAAAUCGUUGUCGCAAGCUGCCCAAAGGCUUGAAGGAGUGGCCAGCAUUCCAUGCAUUAAAGAAAACCAUUGAUGACUUUAAUGACAUGUGUCCGCUGUUGGAGCUAAUGGCCAAUAAGGCCAUGAAGCCCAGGCAUUGGCAGCGCAUCAUGGAUGUUACCAAAUACAUUUUCGAGUUUGACUCUGAGGGUUUCUCGCUUAAGAACAUAUUAGAGGCACCACUGCUCAAGCACAAAGAGGACAUUGAAGAUAUUUGCAUAAGUGCCAUGAAGGAAAAAGAUAUAGAGGCCAAGCUUAAGCAAGUGACCAAUGAGUGGUCUGUGCACGAGCUGCAAUUCAUGAGUUUUAACAACCGCGGCGAACUGCUGCUACGUGGCGAUACUACAGCCGAAACUAUAGGUCAACUGGAGGAUAGUUUAAUGGUGCUAGGCUCACUCUUGUCCAACCGCUACAAUGCGCCGUUUCGCAAACAAAUACAGCAAUGGGUCUACGAUUUGUCCAACUCCAAUGAGAUACUGGAGCGCUGGCUGCUUGUGCAGAACAUGUGGGUCUACUUGGAAGCCGUGUUUGUGGGCGGCGAUAUAGCCAAGCAGCUGCCCAAGGAGGCAAAACGUUUCUCCAAAAUUGACAAGUCUUGGCAAAAGAUUAUGCAGCGCGCCCAUGAGACACCAGGUGUUGUCGCCUGCUGUGUGGGCGAUGAUUUGCUUAAGCAAUUGCUGCCACAUCUACAAGAGCAGCUGGAAAUCUGCCAGAAAUCAUUGAGUGGCUACUUGGAGCGCAAGCGUAUUAUGUUUCCGCGUUUCUUUUUCGUAUCCGAUCCCGCAUUGCUGGAGAUACUGGGACAAGGCUCCGACUCGCACACUAUACAGAAUCAUUUGCUCAACAUUUUCGACAAUACCAAAUGUGUCAAAUUCCAUGACGUGGAGUACAACAAGAUGAUGGCAAUUAUAAGCAGCGAGGGUGAGAUGAUACAGUUGGAUCGCGCUAUACGCGCCGAGGGCUCGGUGGAGACAUGGCUAACUCAAUUGCUGGUCACAGCACAGCAGUCACUGCACUCGAUAAUUAGAACCGCAUAUGCGACAAUAAACGAUCCAAAUUUCACAUUGCUUAGCUUUCUGGAGAAGGUGCCGGCACAAAUUGGUUUAUUGGGCAUUCAAAUGAUUUGGACACGAGAUGCAGAAAUGGCGCUGAUGCAGGCCAGGCAUGAGAGGAAAGUCAUGUCCGAGACGAAUAAUAAGUUUCUAGAAAUGCUCAACACACUGAUCGAUCAGACCACACGUAAUCUAUCCAAACGUGAACGCACCAACUUUGAAACGCUCAUCACCAUACAUGUGCAUCAGCGUGAUAUAUUUGAUAUACUGUGCCGCAUGAACAUUAAAUCAUCGAAUGACUUUGAGUGGCUCAAGCAGUGCCGCUUCUACUUUAAAGAGGAUUUGGAUAAGACUUGGAUAUCUGUCACAGACGUAACCUUUACCUAUCAAAACGAGUAUCUGGGCUGCACAGACCGCCUGGUUAUAACACCGCUAACAGAUCGUUGUUAUAUUACGCUGGCUCAGGCGCUGACACUUAGCAUGGGCGGCGCACCCUGUGGACCUGCUGGCACUGGCAAAACGGAAACGGUCAAGGAUAUGGGCAAGACGCUGGCCAAGUAUGUUGUCGUUUUUAAUUGCUCCGAUCAAAUGGAUUACAGGGGUCUGGGCCGCAUCUAUAAGGGUCUAGCGCAGUCUGGCAGUUGGGGUUGUUUCGAUGAAUUCAAUCGCAUCGAAUUGCCCGUACUCUCUGUGGCUGCCCAACAGGUCGCCGUUGUGCUGACCGCUAAGAAGGAGAAGAAGAAAACAUUCCUCUUUACCGAUGGCGAUACAAUCGAAAUGAAUCCAGAGUUUGGCAUCUUCAUAACCAUGAAUCCUGGCUAUGCAGGCCGCAAGGAAUUGCCGGAAAAUUUAAAGAUACAAUUUCGCACUGUAGCCAUGAUGGUGCCGGAUAGACAGAUUAUCAUCAGAGUUAAGUUGGCGAGUUGUGGAUUUUUGGAGAACAUAACAUUAGCACGUAAAUUCUAUACGCUGUACAAGCUGUGCGAGGAGCAGUUGACCAAGCAAGUGCAUUAUGAUUUUGGCCUGAGGAAUAUACUCUCAGUGCUCCGCACUUUGGGCGCUGCCAAGCGCAGGAACUCUAAGGAUAGCGAGAGUACGAUUGUGAUGCGGGUCCUGCGUGACAUGAAUCUAUCCAAGCUUAUAGACGAUGAUGAGCCGCUUUUCAUAUCGCUGGUGUCGGACUUGUUUCCCAAUCAGACUCUCGAAAAGACCAACUACCCCGAGCUGGAGGCGGCCAUUUUGCAGCAAACUGAAGAGGCUAGUCUGGUUUACCAUCCUCCCUGGGUUCUUAAACUUAUACAGCUCUACGAGACGCAAAAUGUGCGACACGGCAUCAUGACAUUGGGUCCCAGUGGUGCCGGAAAAACCACUUGCAUACAUACGCUGAUGAAGGCCAUGACUCACAUGGGUGAUAAUCAUCGCGAGAUGCGUAUGAAUCCCAAAGCCAUAACAGCGGCACAAAUGUUUGGACGCCUUGAUGUGGCCACCAAUGACUGGACCGAUGGUAUCUUUUCAGCGCUGUGGCGUAAAACACUUAAGCUGAAGCCUGGCGAGCAUGUGUGGCUGGUGCUAGACGGUCCAGUGGACAGCAUAUGGAUUGAGAACUUGAACUCUGUGUUGGAUGAUAACAAAACACUAACGUUAGCUAAUGGUGAUCGUCUUACAAUGGCGCCCACCGUAAAAAUUAUCUUUGAACCGCAUAACAUAGAUAAUGCCUCACCGGCCACAGUAUCUCGGAAUGGCAUGGUGUACAUGAGUUCCUCUGGAUUGGAUUCGAGACCAAUCGUACAGGCUUGGCUUAAGAAUCGUGCACCUGGUGAAAAGUCUACAUUCUCUGAUUUGUUUGAGCAGACUUUUGUGGAUGUUUACAAUUGGGGCGUGCAAAAUGUUAAGCUACAAAUGCCCGUCUUACAAUGUAAUAUUGUGCAGCAAAUGCUUUUCAUUUUGGAGGGACUCAUACCCACCAAGAAAGAUGAUGAGCAGGCUGUCAGUUUGUCCAGCAAGGAGAGUCAAGAUGCGGUUAAGCGUUUAGAACAUCACAAACAAAUUGAAGAAGCUCGACGGCAAUCGAUUGGCAGUCAGAUUGUCGAGGAUCUGCCCGACGAAAGCGCAGCCGAGGAAAAGGAGGACACCUGUACUCCGGAGCACUUGCACCGCUUGUAUGUAUUUGCGCUAGCCUGGGGAUUAGGCGGGUACCUCUCGACAGGCGAUCGCGUUAAAAUGAAUCUGUUUGUAAAGGAAUCGUUUCCACACUUGGACUAUCCCAAGGGUAGUGCGAAUGAAAAUACAAUAUUUGACUUUUUCGUUUCUCCAGUGGGUGUGUGGCAGUCGUGGAAGACGCUAGUCACACCCUACAUGUAUCCGGAGCUUUCCACACCAGACUACUUAAGCAUUCUGGUACCCAUUGUGGAUAAUGUGCGCAUCGAUUAUCUAAUUGGCACUAUUGCCAAUCAGGAGCGCGCCGUGAUGGUCAUUGGCGAACAGGGUACAGGCAAAACGGUCAUUAUGAAGAAUUUCAUGAAAAAAAUGAACGUUGAGACCUACAUGGGUAGGUCGUUUAAUUUCUCUUCGGCCACCAGUCCAUAUCAGUUUCAGCGUACAAUCGAAAGCUAUGUGGAGAAGCGUGUUGGUGUUACCUUUGGGCCACCCGGUGGUCGCAAGCUUAUUGUCUUUAUUGAUGAUAUCAAUUUGCCCGAGAUAAAUGAGUGGGGCGAUCAGAUAACCAACGAGAUUGUACGACAGUCCAUGGACAUGAAGGGUUUCUAUAGCCUGGAAAAACCAGGCGAUUUCACCACCAUUGUUGAUGUACAAUAUGUGGCGGCCAUGGGUCUGCCAGGUGGUGGACGCAAUGAUAUACCAUCGCGAUUGAAGCGCCAAUUUUGCGUGUUCAACUGCAACAUACCCGACAACGACUCUAUCGAUAAGAUCUUCCGCGUUAUCGGGGAGGGUCAUUACAAUGCCAAGCGUGGCUUUGUGCCCGAAGUUCGCAGUUUGGUUAAGAAAUUAAUCGUGGUGACACGUCAUCUAUGGCAGCGCACACGAGAAAAGCUAUUGCCUACGCCGGCCAAAUUCCACUAUGUGUUUAGUUUGCGCGAUCUAUCGCGUAUCUGGCAGGGCAUGGUUGGCACCUUAUCCACGGUGAUUACCUCGGAGGGCGUCCUCAUGUCAUUGUGGAAACAUGAGUGCACGCGUGUAUUUGCCGAUCGCUUCACCACGUUCCAGGACAAGGAGUGGUUCGGCUCAGAGUUGGCCGCGCUAGUGCGCGAGGAGCUGGGCGAGUCCCAUUCCCAAAUGAUAAUACCGAAUCCGGUAUUUGUUGACUUUAUGAGGGAUGCCCCUGAGCCCACGGGCGAAGAGGGUGAGGACACUGAUAUGGAAUUGCCCAAGGUAUACGAACCGGUGAACUCUCAUAACUCGUAUGAAGCGCUUCGCGAGCGUCUCGUUAUGUUUCUCGCCCAAUUCAAUGAGAUGGUGCGAGGCUCCGGAAUGGAUUUGGUUUUCUUCCCCGAUGCAAUGCUGCAUUUGGUGAAGAUCUCCCGCAUCAUUCGGCAUCCGAGAGGCAACGUCAUGCUGGUCGGGGUCGGAGGUUCUGGAAAACAGUCGCUAACGAAAUUGGCAUCGUUUAUAGCAGGCUACAAGACAUUCCAAAUUGCGUUGACGCGUUCGUACAAUGUGGCCAACUUUUUAGAGGACCUAAAGCUGCUCUAUCGCACCUGCGGUGUCCAGGGCAAGGGCACAACCUUUCUCUUCACUGACAUGGAUAUUAAAGAGGAAGGUUUCCUCGAGUAUCUCAAUAACAUACUCUCGAGCGGCGUCAUUUCCAAUCUUUUCUCGCGCGAUGAGCAGGCCGAAAUCGUGCAAGAGCUGACGCCGGUCAUGAAACGUGAAAAUCAACGCAAAACAGCGACCCCGGAAAGUGUGAUGGAAUUCUUUUUGGCACGCACCUGCGCCAAUUUGCACGUGGCAUUUUGCUUCUCGCCCGUAGGUGAGACAUUUCGGUCGCGGGUGCAACGCUUUCCCGCCUUGGUCUCCGGCUGCACCAUCGAUUGGCUGCAUCCGUGGCCCAAGGACGCAUUGGUCUCGGUUGCCAGACACUUUCUUAGCCACUUCGAGAUUGAGUGUACACCGGCCGUGAAGGAUGAGCUGGUUAAUGCGCUCGGCUCCAUUCAGGAUAUUGUCGCCGAAACAUCGCAGGAAUAUUUCCAGCGAUUCCGUCGCGCCACUCACGUGACACCCAAGUCUUAUCUGAACUUCAUUGCCGGCUACAAGAACAUUUACCAGCUGAAGCAGCAAGAGCUGCGCGAUGGUGUGGAGAAGAUGGAUACGGGUUUGGAGAAACUGAAAGAGGCCUCCGCCUCGGUUGAGAUCCUUAAAAAAGAUCUAGUUGUCAUGGAGGAAGAGCUUGUCGAAGCCUCCAAAAACGCUGAAUCCGUCUUAGUUGAGGUUACCGAACGCGCUAUGCAAGCGGAGAUUGUUAAAAACCAAGUGCUCAUCGUCAAAGACAAGGCUGAAGCGUUGGUCGCUUGCAUUGCAAACGAAAAGGCGCUCGCCGAAGAAAAACUCGAGGCAGCCAAACCAGCACUCGAAGAAGCCGAGAAUGCACUCAAUACCAUUAAGCCGGCACACAUAGCUACAGUGCGUAAGUUGGGCAGACCACCGCAUCUGAUCAUGCGCAUCAUGGACUGCGUGCUUAUCUUGUUUAAGCGCAAGUUACAUCCUUGCAUACCCGACGCGGGUACUCCCUGCCCAAAACCAUCCUGGCAGGAGUCGCUCAAGAUGAUGGCAAGCGCCACUUUUCUGCUACAGCUGCAAAACUAUCCCAAGGACACUAUUAAUGAUGAAAUGAUUGAUCUGCUGCAGCCAUAUUUUCGCAUGGAGGACUACAACAUGGACAUGGCACGUCGCGUAUGCGGCGACGUUGCUGGUCUGCUGUCUUGGACCAAGGCCAUGUCUUUCUUUCACAGCGUCAACAAGGAGGUGCUGCCGCUAAAAGCAAACCUAACAAUGCAAGAAGCGCGUCUUAAGCUUGCUAUGGACGACUUAGCUGGUGCAGAGGAGCAGCUGCGUGAGCGCGAGGAGGCGCUUCAGGCUGUUAAGGACCAAUAUGACAAGGCGGUGGGUGAGAAGCAGCGUCUGAUGGAUGCUGCCAAUGUCUGUUUACGCAAGAUGACGGCAGCCACGGCACUCAUUAAUGGACUAUCUGAUGAGAAGCAUCGCUGGACCAACCAGAGCAAGGAGUUCAAAAUACAGUUGGGCAAGCUGGUGGGUGAUGUGCUGCUGGCUACGGGCUUUCUGUCCUAUUGUGGUCCGUAUAAUCAGGAGUUUCGCGCCAAUCUCAUACGCACCUGGAUGGGCAUACUUAAGCAGAAGACCAUACCUUUUACCACUGGACUGAACAUCAUCAACAUGCUAGUGGAUUCUUCAACUGUGUCGGAGUGGACGCUGCAGGGUUUGCCCAAUGAUGAUUUGUCUGUGCAAAAUGCUUUAAUAGCCACAAAGUCGAGCAGCUAUCCGCUUUUGGUAGAUCCGCAAACUCAAGGCAAGAUAUGGAUCAAGUGCAAAGAGGAUCGUAAUGAGCUACAGAUAACAUCGCUGAAUCACAAAUACUUUCGUACACAUUUGGAGGACUCGUUGUCGCUGGGUAGGCCGCUGUUAAUAGAGGAUGUGGGCAUAGAUCUUGAUCCGGUCAUAGACAAUGUACUGGAGAAGAACUUUAUCAAGUCUGGCAGCAUUGAAAAAGUGCUAGUAGGUGAUAAGGAAUGCGAUGUUAUGCCGGGCUUUAUGCUGUACAUAACCACCAAGCUGCCCAAUCCUGCGUUUAGUCCUGAAGUUAGCGCCAAGACUUCUAUAAUUGACUUUACAGUCACCAUGCGUGGCCUGGAGGAUCAGCUUUUGGGUCGUGUUAUACUCAUGGAAAAGUCAGAUCUCGAAGCGGAGCGUGUCGCUCUUUUCGAAACUGUGAUGCAGAAUCAACGCAACAUGAAGGAGCUAGAAGCUAAUCUGUUGUUUCGUCUAAGUUCCUCUCAAGGCUCGCUGGUGGAUGAUGAGGCGCUCAUUGAGGUGCUGCGUGUGACCAAGACCACAGCUGAGGAGGUUAAUCAAAAGCUCAAAAUAUCCGAAGUUACAGAGCGCAAGAUAAUGAAGGCACGUGAGGAGUUUCGAGCGGUGGCCAAACGCGGCUCCAUACUAUACUUUUUAAUUGUUGAAAUGAGCAAUGUGAAUGCUAUGUACCAGAACUCACUCAAGCAGUUUCUGGUCAUCUUCAACAACUCUAUUACCAAGUCUACUAAGUCCAGCGUCACUGAGGAGCGCAUAAAUAUCAUACUGCGUUAUCUAACCUAUGAGGUGUACAAGUUUACCAAUCGCAGUCUAUACGAGCGGCACAAGCAGCUGUUUACCCUCAUGUUGGCUAUUAAAAUUGAUUACUAUAACGGCAACAUAAGUCAUGAGGAGUUUUUGACUUUUAUCAAGGGCGGUGCAUCUUUGGAUUUAAAUGGUGUGGCACCCAAACCGUUCCGCUGGAUUCUAGAUAUUACCUGGCUUAAUCUGGUAGAGAUUAGUAAGCUCGAAACGUUUAACACAGUGCUACAGGUAAUUGAGCAAAACGAACGCGACUGGCGCAGUUGGUACGAGUGUGAGAAGCCUGAGAAUGAGGAAAUACCUUGCGGCUACAAUGCUGUGCUUGACAGUUUUCGUAAGCUGUUACUCAUACGCUCUUGGUGCCCAGAUCGCACUAUAUCCCAGGCUAAAAAGUAUAUUGAAGAAUCGUUGGGCCCAGAGUACAGUGAGAUGCAGAUAUUGGAUUUGGAGGCCACCUGGUCAGAGUCGGAGCCACGUACACCUUUUGUCUGCCUGCUGUCUAUUGGGUCUGAUCCAACAACACAAAUUGGCGCCCUAGCAAAGCAAAAGGACAUAACUCUCAAGUCAGUGUCCAUGGGUCAAGGGCAGGAGUAUCAUGCGCGUAAAAUGAUUAUGGAGUCCAUGGCUAAUGGCGGUUGGGUGUUGUUGCAGAAUGUGCAUCUGUCGCUGCCCUUUUGUACGGAGGUUAUUGAUAUGCUGGUGGAGACAGAGCACAUUGAUGAGUCUUUUCGAAUGUGGGUGACCACAGAGCCGCACUCCGAGUUCCCUAUUGGCCUGCUGCAGAUGGCUCUCAAAUUUACCAACGAACCGCCACAAGGCAUACGCGCCAGCUUGAAGCGUAGCUAUCAGUCAUUCACGCAGGACUUCCUGGACUAUACGUCCGCCACCCAGUGGCCUGCCUUGCUAUAUACAGUCGCAUUCUUGCAUACGAUUGUACAGGAGCGUCGCAAGUUUGGACCACUGGGCUGGAACAUACCUUAUGAGUUUAAUCAGGCGGAUUUCGCCGCCAGCGUGCAGUUCAUACAGAACCAUUUGGAUGAAAUGGAUCCCAAGAAGGGUGUCUCCUGGCAAACGCUGGUCUACAUGAUUGGUGAGGUGCAGUAUGGCGGACGUGUGACAGAUGACUUCGAUAAGCGUCUGCUGACCACUUUCACUUCGGUGUGGUUCUGUGAGCAGCUGCUGUCCAAUGCCUUUGAGUUUUACAAGGGCUACAAAGUGCCCAAUACAAAGAACCUUCAAGGCUUCAUAGAUUACAUAAACAGUCUGCCCGCUUACGAUACGCCCGAAGUGUUUGGUUUGCAUUCCAAUGCUGACAUCACGUACCAGAUUAACUCGGCCAAAGGCAUACUGGACACCAUACUCAGUGUGCAGCCCAAGGAGGGCGGAGGGGGCGGAGGCGAGACCAGAGAGAGCAUCGUUUAUCAGCUGGCGGAUGAUAUGUUGCGUAAGCUGCCCGCUCAGUACAAUGCAUACGAAGUGCGUGAGAAUCUGAACCGGAUGGGCAUACUGCUGCCCAUGAACAUAUUUCUCAGGCAGGAAAUCGAUCGCAUGCAGCGCGUCAUCAAGCGCGUGUAUACGUGUUUAUGCGAUCUGAAGCUGGCCAUUGAUGGCACCAUUGUAAUGAGUCCAGCGCUGAAGGAGUCACUGGACGCCAUGUAUGAUGCACGCAUACCCGAAACCUGGAUGAAGAUAUCAUGGGAGUCCACAACGCUGGGCUUUUGGUACACGGAGCUACUGGAGCGCAAUGCACAGUUUCGUACUUGGAUAUCUACAGACAGACCAAAGGUAUUCUGGAUGACGGGUUUCUUUAAUCCGCAAGGUUUUCUUACCGCCAUGCGACAGGAGGUAACACGAGCUCACAAAGGCUGGGCACUCGACUCCGUUGUGCUACAGAAUCAAAUAACGCGCUACAACAAGGAGGACAUUACCGAGUAUCCGACGGAAGGUGUGUACGUGAAUGGACUAUUUCUUGAAGGUGCUUCGCUGGACCGUCGCAGUGGCAAGCUAAUUGAGUCAAAGAUGAAAGUGCUCUAUGAACAAAUGCCUGUCAUUUAUAUCUAUGCCAUUAACACAACCGCCGGCAAGGAUCCAAAGCUCUAUGAGUGCCCCAUUUACCGCAAGCCCCAGCGCACCGACCUCAAGUAUGUGGGCUCCAUUGAUUUCGAGACCGAUUUCAAUCCCAAGCACUGGACACUGCGUGGCGUUGCCCUGCUCUGUGACAUUAAGUGAGAUCCGAAAUUAUCUGCGGGCAGCACACAGCUAAGGAUACAUUUUGCUGUUGUUGUUCUUAUGCUUGUUUGCUAUCCUGUCGACUGUUGUGCGUGCUCUGCGCCCGUAAUGCUACUAUAAUAAUUAUCGUUUGUCAGCACAUUACAUUUGUAUGUCUGUGAGCAGUCUCGAGUCAUGCGUCACAGCUACAAGUUUAUUAAUUAUAGCCUCAAGUUCCUUGAUUCCGUAGGCGUAGUCCCUACACACAGGAGUACAUUCAAUGUACACAAUAAUUAGCUGUAGCAAGUUCAUGUCUAGAAUUACGCUAAAGUGUUUGGAGCAUUGGGCUUGACAUCACAUUAGCCGAAAUCACAACAAAACGAAAAUUAAACGUUUCUGCAUAGCGAAAUAAAUAAGCUUUAAAGUGUUUCAAUUUCAAU